AUGAAGCGAUUGACAAAAUGCUGCUGUUGUGCAUCCACAAGGACAGGCACUAUCAUCACCGCGACCCUCGGCAUCUUGCUGUCCAUCGCGACCAUCAUCACCGUUUGGGUGGUGAACAGACACGAUGUCUCCUUCAGAACCUUCAUAUUCGCCGAAGAGUUUGACAAGAAACUGGCAGCAUUAGACAUUCCAAGAAUAAUCCUGACAAUCAACCUAUGCUUCACCAUAUUAAUAUGCUUUUUGCUGAUCGUCGCAGUACACAAGCGACGCUCUUGGCUCAUGCUGCCGUGGGUGGUGCUGGGCAUAGUGCUUGCGAUCGGUCUUCUGAUCAGCGUCCUGCACACCGCCAUCACGUACUACCUCGAUGGGCAGGACCACGUGAUACUCGCCACCAUCAUACUCAUCGGUGGACUCCUCUAUCUGUGUCUGUACCUCUACUUAUGGGCAGUCGUGUUCAGCCAUUACUUAGAUGUACGCGACGAGGAAGAGCGAGGAAGAUACUCAAAAGCCCCAUACAAGCGU